AAUAAUUCAAAUUUCAAGUAUUUGUUUCUUAGUUUUCACGUACAUCACUCAUUUAAUAAUUUUGGAGUCUGAAACAUGGAACGGCAAGCUUGUUCUUAAAUCUCGUGUUAAAGUUAUGGGUUUGACUUUUUUUUGCAAAUUCAUCAUAGUUUUUUCUUACAUAUAUUAAAUUUUCAUAAAUGUAUUGCGACGCCAGUGUUAAAAUAUUAAUUUCUUUAAAUUUUUCUCUAAGAGAUUCUCUUGCCUAUAAAUUGUAUAUGGCGCGAACAGCUCUCUUUUGCAGUAUGAAAUUACAAUAAUAUAAUACUAGCAAACCAGUGAACCAAAUGUUCACCAAAAAAAAAUGUAUUUAAUUAAUUGAGAACUUCGGAGAUUUUGUGUGGUUUCGUUUGAAAUAGAAAUCACGUGAUUUCUCGAAAACCGGAAGUGCUACGUUACUCACAUCUGGUUUGUAGUCUUAUCAGACUAUUCUUAACUUAUAACUUAAACAUUCUCUAUAUCUAUCUCUUACGGUUUGGCCGCUGAAACAGCACCACGGUCGGACGGACGGACGGACUUGUCUAAUAGAUAAGAGAUAAUAUAAUUUCGAACCCCAUCCCGACACUUAACAAUAUAAUUAUUUAAAAACAUGCUGCAGAUGCCUCGUCGGGCGUUUCCUAGCGCGUUGUUGUUUACGUGGCGGAUGGUGGUGUACCGGCUCAAUGGGGCAAUUGGCCCACUCGAAACACAAUGCCGCAUCCAUGAGGCGACUCCACUGGCUACACACUUAUACACCGCUGCGCAUUCAUCGCGCGCUGAACGCAAACCAAAUAUCGCAGCAACGCAACGGCAGAAAUAUCAUAGCGGUGGAUGGGUCGCUAGUGGGGCGGGGUUCGCCCCCCUCUGGGUGGCUGCGAUUGGUCGCCGGGUGGCGGGUGGAGUGGGGCAGAAGCGGGGGGUGGAGGGAUGGGAGAGAUUCUCUCCUCUCCUCUCCUUUCCGCAUAGAUUGCGCGGAGGUCGCGGCGCGAGCGUACGCGUCUGUAGUGCGGUCGGAAGUCGGAAAAGAACCGAGGGAUGUUGUAUGGCGGCCUACCCAUCGAUUAACUGCGCUCUCCCGUGCCCCCGCGGCCCCUCCCAUGGGCGUGCCCUCCGCGGCGCGUCGAGACGCCUGGGCCGCUACUCCUCGUGUUACGUACUCCCGGCUCACGGCAUAA